CUAAUCUUCUCCGGUGCUGAGGUCUGCGGCGAGGCAGAAUGGGUAGGAGUGCAGAACUGCGGAGUCUGCGAGGCGGGUGAAGAACGGCGAAUAGUUUCUCGGCAGGACCGUUCGGCCCCCGUAGCCACGCGCGGGCUGUGGGUGCGCAGCCCCGAGACGCACAGGUCUGGUUCCCGGUGACUGGAUGCUUACGGGCGCAGACGUCAGCCAGACCCCGGCCUAAAACGCGCGCCUGGCUGCUGCGUCUCCUGGCCUUCUCCCUUCAAGGUCGGCAGGGCCGAGCCUGAGCUCCCAGUGAAGGCACCCCGGGCCCUGAGCGCUCGCGGGCCUCCUCUCCAAUGAUCCAGAAGUCACGCCCGGCGCUGCUACCACCCCAAGAUGUCGGAGACACAGUGGAAACGCUUAUGUUACAUCCAGUAAUCAAGGCUUUCCUGUGUGGCUCCAUCAGUGGGACCUGCUCUACCCUCUUAUUCCAACCUCUGGAUCUCCUUAAAACACGCCUGCAGACUCUUCAGCCCUUAGACCAUGGGUCUAGAAGAGUCGGGAUGCUGGCUCUGCUUGUGAAGGUGGUUCGCACAGAGAGUCUUUUGGGCCUUUGGAAAGGGAUGUCUCCUUCCAUUGUGAGAUGUGUCCCUGGUGUUGGAAUCUACUUUGGCACUCUCUACUCUUCAAAGCAGUAUUUCUUGCGAGGCCAUCCCCCCACUGCUCUGGAGUCAGUCAUACUUGGGGUGGGCUCUCGCUCUGUUGCAGGAGUCUGCAUGUCACCUAUCACUGUGAUCAAGACACGUUACGAGAGUGGGAAGUAUGGCUAUGAUAGUAUCUACAACGCCCUGAGAAGCAUCUAUCGAAACGAGGGGCACCGGGGUCUCUUCAGCGGCUUGACAGCAACUCUCCUUCGUGAUGCGCCUUUUUCAGGAAUCUACCUGAUGUUUUACAACCAAACCAAAAACAUAGUGCCUCACGACCAGUUGGACGCGACCUUUAUUCCCAUGGUAAAUUUCAGUUGUGGGAUAUUUGCUGGUAUUCUGGCUUCACUGGUAACACAACCUGCAGAUGUUAUCAAAACUCACAUGCAACUCUCUCCAGUGAAGUUUCAGUGGAUUGGCCAAGCAGUGGCAUUCAUUUUCAAAGACUAUGGACUUCGUGGCUUCUUCCAAGGUGGUGUCCCCCGGGCCCUCCGCAGAACUCUGAUGGCAGCAAUGGCAUGGACAGUGUAUGAAGAGAUGAUGGCCAAGAUGGGCCUGAAGUCCUGACCAAGAGAGAAUUGGGAAAAGGUGGAAUCUAUUGCCUUGGUUUCUGCCAGGGGCUGCUGGUCCUCACUAUCGUGGAGUAAGAUUGUAGCCCUGUCUGGAAAGCCAGGCAGAAAUGUCAUUGCCUUUGCCCCAUUCAAGGAGAAAAUAGAUGCACCUGACUCAAGCCUUCAGAAUCUCCCCAAAGAGGAGUCACCAAUCCAUACAGCACACUGAUGAGUUAGGAGAAAGCUUUGCAUACCUUGUGAAGCUACUUGCAAAGGCAUUUCUAGGGAGAGGGCUGUCAGGUGGCUCCAGUUCAACCCCCAAUGUACACCUUGUGCCUACUUGGGGACAUUCUUGGGCAAGGAAUCAUAAAGCCAGAGAACCUGUAGGCUGAAAAGUUCCAACCAGGGAAGGCUGGAUCUAAGGAGUCACUGUCACUAGGCUAAAAACUCUGAGCUGGUAUUAGGAUGAGGGAGAAAAGAUGUCCUUAUUUAUUUAACUGGUUCCUAGUCAGGUUCUCAGAGGCUCUUAAAGUCUAAAUAAAAAUUUUGGUCUUGGUCUCUGUUACUGUUCAACCUCUGUGUUAU